AUGUAUCAAAGAGUUGUACUGCGGUACUGUGAAUCGUUGCAUGGCCGAUGGAAUCUUCAAGAAAUUCGAGCGGUUUUCCUUCGUCGACAUCUCCUCCAAAACACAGCUUUAGAGCUUUUCCUCUCCACCAGAACUGCAAUCAUGUUUGCAUUCCCGGAUCAGGAUACGGUGAAGAAAGUUGUCUACCAAUUGCCCCGAGUUGGUGUUGGAGUCAAAUAUGGACUUCCACAAAGUCGAAAAACUUCCCUAAUGACACCCCGACAACUCUUCAAACACUCAGAUAUGUGCCAAAAAUGGCAAAAACGAGAGAUUUCGAAUUUCGACUAUUUGAUGUUCCUGAAUACGGUGGCUGGCCGAACUUUCAAUGAUUUAAAUCAAUAUCCCGUUUUCCCGUGGAUUCUUUCCAAUUACACUUCAGAGACUCUUGACUUAAACCAAGCCAGCAAUUUCAGAGAUUUGAGCAAGCCAAUUGGUGCUUUGUCGGAGUCUCGACGCAAAUUUUUCCAAGAUCGCUACUCGAAUUGGGAAGAUGAGACAAUCCCUCCAUUUCACUAUGGAACUCAUUAUUCGACACAAGCAUUCACUCUUAAUUGGCUUUUCAGAGUGGAACCUUUCACUUCGAUGUUCAUUCAUAUGCAAAGCGGGAAAUUUGAUCAUCCCGAUCGGAUGUUUCAUUCUUUGGCUGAGACCUGGGAAAGAUGCCAAAGAGAUAGCCAUGAUGUUAAGGAACUGAUUCCCGAGCUUUUUUAUUUACCGGAGUUGUUCCGAAACUCCAAUGGAUUCCCACUUGGAAAAAGAGCGGAUGGAGCAAAACUUGAUGACAUCAUAUUGCCGCCAUGGGCUCGUGGAGCUGAACACUUUGUUUUGCUUCAUCGACAAGCUCUUGAAAGCAAUUUAGUUAGUUGUCAACUCAAUCAAUGGAUCGAUCUUAUUUUUGGAUACAAACAACGUGGACCUGAAGCGGUGAGAGCAACAAAUGUCUUCUAUUAUCUGACCUAUGAAGGAUCGGUGAACGUGAAUGCAAUUGAGAAUCCAUCACAAGCCGAAGCAGUCAAACAACAAAUACAAAGCUUUGGGCAAACUCCUGCUCAAUUGUUAACCGAAGCUCAUCCACCACGACAUUCAGUGAUGACAAUUACUCCAAUGAUGUUCCGGCGAUGUGAGGACGAUUUGUGCAUGUUGAUGAAGUUCAUCUCUAACUCACCAAUUGUUUACCUUGCUGCAAACACUUGGUCUCAACUUGCACAACCAACUGUUCUCUCAAUCGCGAAUAACCUUGUCUUUGCUCUCAAUCGAUGGGAUAACGGUUAUAAAUACACUUCGAAUCGUCCAUCAGCUCUUGCAAUGAACGAUAAGCAAGCCGAAGCGGAUGCUAAUCAAGUCGAACUACCAUUGACAGUGGAUCCACUUUUGGCUUCAGGUAACCCAUCGCAACCACCGCCACGAAGACAUCUUGGCGAUUCUUUCGAUCAACGAAUGAAAAUUAAAUGGAAUAACUUUGUUUCAACAACCGAUACUCGUUUCAUCAUCGCUUGUGGUUAUCCGGACUAUUCAUUCCGAGUCAUUGACCUUGAUUCUGCUCGUGUUCGUCAAGUUGUUUAUGGACAUGGAGAUGUGGUGACAUGUGUGGCUAGAUCGGAGACUUCUCUUUUUUCUGAUUGUUAUGUUGCAACUGGGAGUCUUGAUUGUACAGUAGCCCUAUGGCACUGGAAUGGACAAGCUGGAGUGGUCGCUGGAGAGUACAAUCUACCCGGAGAGACACCAUCACCGAGAGCAAUUCUCACUGGACAUGAUGCAAAGAUUACAGCACUUUCUGUUUCUGCCGAACAUGGGAUGGUUCUUUCUGGGUGUGAAGAUGGCACUGUUCUCAUGCACACAACUUCUGGUGAUCUGUUGAGAAGAAUCGAAGGACCCGACAAAGUUUCUCUGCUUUUCAUGAGUCGCGAUUGUGUGGUGUUUGUGCUUUAUGGAACAUCGAUCAUUCGCACAUUCUCCACAACGGCAAGACCACUUGAUGAACAAGUGAUUCAGGAACGAUUAGAGUGCGCUUGCUUAACGCGUGAUAGCGAAUAUGUGGUAGCUGGAUCGGAUAGUGGACGAGUACACAUUUGGAGACUCUUUCCCCUUGAACAUCUUUACACUUUCCAGCAAACGGAUAGUCCAGUUCGAUGUGUUGCUGUGUCAGCUUCUCAUCGCUUCAUUUUGGGUGGUCUUGAUUCGGGUGCCAUUGUUGUUUUCAAUGUCGAUUUCAACAAAUGGUACUACGAAUAUAAACAUCGUUAUGCCGAGAAUAAACGU